AUGGAGCAGCUGAUCCCGGAAACUGGAUUUCACAUUAAGGACAAUAACAUUACCCAAGAGCAUAAUAAAGGGGAAAGUGUAGUGCUCAAAGAAGUAGAAGCAGAUAAAGUGACAGUGCUGACAAGAAAACAAGUUGAAGCAAUUAAAAAGCUAUGGGAAGACCCAGGAUUUCAAGAAUGCUAUGACAGAUGGAGGGAGUACCAGCUCUCAGACUCUGCUAAGUAUUAUCUUACUGACCUUGAUCAUAUUGUUAUGCCCUCAUUUGUGCCAAUUCAGCAAGACAUUCUUAGAGUUCGAGUGUCAGCUUCAGGAAUUACUGAAUAUCCUUUUGAUUUAGAAAAGACUAUAUUUAGGAUGGUGGAUGUUGGUGGCCAGUCAGAACAAAGGAAGUGGAUCCAUUGAUUUGAAAAUGUUACUUCCAUUAUUAUCUUAGUUGCAUUAAGUGAAUAUGAUCAAGUCUUGGCAGAAUGUGACAAUGAGGUAAGUGUUAAGGAAAGGAAAAUCUUGAGAGUGUAACUUCAUACAAAUCCAUGGUUUCUGAAUUCUUCAGUCAUUUUGUUUUUAAAUAAAAAAGAUCUUCUAGAAGAGAAAAUCAUGUAUUCCCAUCUAAUUAGUUACUUUCCAGAAUACACAGGUAAGCAUUUAUCCCAUACUGUCUUCACAAAGUUGAAAGUUAUAUUUAAACCUGUCUUUGUCAAAUUAAGAGGAAAAGUGAAAUUAUUCAAUGUAUUUCAUAUUUAUGAUUUUCUACUUUAUCCUUUAUAA